CGUACCAGGAAUUCUUCUCUGCCCAAAAACAAUUUCCUCCAACAUGACCUCUAAUUCCAAUUUAUCCAACAUGCGACGGCUGGUAGAACAACUGAAGCUCGAGGCCAGUGUGGAGAGAAUCAAGGUGUCCCAGGCGGCUGCAGAGCUCCAGCAGUACUGUCUGCAGAACGCGGGCAAAGACGCCCUGCUGGUGGGAGUCCCCACAGGCAGCAACCCCUUCAGGGAGCCACGCUCCUGUGCUGUCGUGUGAAGAGGAAGAGGAAGCGGACACAACUGUGGCCUCUUACUCACAGAAGAAAAAAUAAUUCCAUUUAGUCUGUAACCAUUUUUAUUUAUGCGUCUUUCUUUUUAAGAAAAGCACAUAAAAGACA